UUGGGAACGCUAGUUAGCCUGAUCUGCAUAUCUUUAUACUGUGGGAGGAAACCCACCAAGCACGGGGAGAACAUGCAAACGCCAUGCACACAGACCCUGAGAUGGGAACCGAACCCAGACCCUGGAGGUGCAGGGCGACACCGUGACGCCUCCCACCACAGAUAAUUCAACACUGAGUGCAGAUUUCUGUCAGUACAGGACUAUAAACAAACAAGCAAACAAAUGACCCAGACGCUGAUAAUUUGCCUGGUCUUAAUUACGGCUUGGACAUAAUCAUAGCCCUAAUAACAGCUAGUUCACAUCUUCAUGUUUUACACACUGAGCAUUUACAGCUCCUCUACUUGGAGCUGCUUUCACUCGGGGAAUAUUUAAUAUGUUCUGUAGGAAUUAGGUUAGUUGCAAAUAUUAAGAAAUUAAGACAGAACACUUUAAAAGAGAUUAAAUGUGAGUUUUUAAAUGUGUUGGAACUAUUCCUUUAAUAAUCUCAUUCACUUUUGCAUUGUGUUUGAACAGGACCAUGGAUAAGAAGAUUCCCAUUGCUUGCUUUGUUUUUGUUUUUAUUAUAGUUGUUUUCCUCAUUGUGUAUUUCUUGCUGCCCCCUGAUGAUGACUGUUUCCCCAAAGCUGCUGUAGCAUCCGAUGUUGGAAAAUGUUCUGAGAUCGGCAGGGACAUACUAAAGCAGAAAGGCUCUGCAGUUGAUGCCGCCAUUGCAGCGCUGCUGUGUGUUGGACUGUAUAACCCCCAGAGCAUGGGCAUCGGAGGAGGACAUUUCUUCCUCAUCUAUGACAGCUCUACAGGGAAGGUGGAGACGAUUAAUGCAAAAGAAACGGCUCCUGGGGGUGCCACACGAGACAUGUUCCCCACCGAAGAUCUAUCACAAAAAGGAGGCCUGUCCAUCGGGGUCCCUGGUGAGCUUCGUGGCUAUGAGCUGGCACACCGCCGUCAUGGGCGUCUGCCGUGGAGGGACCUGUUUGAGCCGAGCAUCAAGCUGGCACGUAAAGGCAUCCCCAUCAGUGAAGUUCUCAGCAAUGCCUUAAACAAAUCAUCAGAGCAGGGGCACAUUCUGCCUGAUUCAGCUCUGUGUGAAGUAUUCUGUAACUCCAAUAAAACCAUCCUGAGGGAAAACGACACUAUCAGAUUCCCACGGCUAGCAGACACCUACGAGAAGAUCGCUAACGAAGGAGCUGAUGUCUUUUAUAACGGCUCCAUGGCUCAAACCAUCGUGGAUGACAUCCGGGCUGCAGGUGGCAUUAUAACGCUUGAAGACCUGUCUGGGUAUACACCAGAGCUAAAUGAAGACACUAUAAAGAUAAACGUGGGAGAAUACACUAUGCACUUUCCAAAUGCUCCAUCUAGCGGUCCUGUGUUAGCGCUAAUCCUCAACAUUCUGGAUGGUUAUAAUUUCUCAAGCAGCAGUCUUUCUAGUGAGGAGACACUCACUUAUCACCGCAUUAUUGAGGCUUUCCGCUUCGCCUUCGCUAAGAGGACUAUGCUGGGAGAUCCUCGCUUCCUCAACAUCACUGACUUCAUCCACAACAUGACCUCAAAGUACUUUGCCAAUAUUAUACGCAGUAAGAUCUCAGAUGAGACCACAUAUCCAGGGUGGUACUAUGAACCAGAGUACUCUAACCCUGAAAGUUAUGGGACAAGUCACCUGUCCAUCCUUGCUGCGGAUGGGAGCGCCGUGGCAGUGACUAGCACCAUCAAUCUGCCGUUUGGUUCUAAAGUGAUGUCACCGUCCACUGGAAUCAUCUUUAACAGUGUCAUGGAUGACUUCAGUUCUCCAAACUUUCCAAAUGCUUACGAUAUUCCUUCUUCUCCUAAUAAUUUUAUCCAAGCAGGUAAAAGGCCGCUCUCAGCCAUGUGCCCCACCAUCAUCUUCGACAAACCCAACAAAGUUAAAAUGGUUGUUGGAGCUGAAGGUGGGCCGAAGAUCAUCACAACAACGGCUCUGGUCAUCCUGAACUCUCUGUUCUUUGACAAAAAUGUAAAGAAAAGUGUAAAUAAAACCAGAGUCCACAACCAGCUCAACCCCAACACCACCGAGGUGGAGGAUGGCUUUAACCAGAGUGUAAUAGAAGGACUAAAGAAGAAGAAUCACAAUACAACUAUUUACAAUGACACAAAGCCCUUUUCGGUGGUUCAGGCUGUGAUGAGGUGGAAGAAUUGGAUCUGUGCCGAAUCAGACCAGAGAAAAGGAGGAAAACCUGCAGGUUACUGAAACUUCAACAACAACCAAUGUUUAUCUACUCAGCAUUGGAUUAAAAAUAAACCUACACAAAACUGAAUAAUUCAUACAAAUGAUUUAAAAUUACAAUAACAAUGCACAGACACGCCCCCUCUGUACACUUUGAGAAAGGAGAUACAUUUCCUUAUCUUCAAGAAGAAACAUUUUUGGAUGCAGAGAUCAGUGGUGUUGUUUCUUAUAUUUGUUGUUUGACUUUAUGUGCAGUCGAGUCGUCAGUGUCACUCAUGCUUACAAUCUCCCUGAAUGCUGUUUAUCUGUUUCAAAUAUUGAGUUUUGGAAAUAGCUGUACAAGAGAAAUAAAAACAUAAAGACUAAA